AUGUUUACCCAACCACGGCUAGCGUCGAGCAAGUUCCGCCCUCGGAAACCUUCCACGUCGGCACUGACUGGUUUUCUCCCUCCGCGUCCCGAUCUUCGCUCUUCCGCAUGUCUGCCUGCACAACAGCGAAGUAAUUACGGCUGUAACACUAUGGAAGAUGUUUCGGGGCAAGAAUCAUCGCCACACGCGUAUGUCCGCACAAGAGUCGCCAACGCUUGCGACAGCUGCAAGGCUCGCAAAGAUGUUCAGUCCGAGACCCGGCAAUCAGUCACGUCACACGAGGCCCUCGCCGAAGAAGAGACAGAAGUCCCCCGAGAAGCACGUCUUUUGUGCGACGCCCAGGGGAAAAUAAUCUUCAUUGGAGAUUGUGCGCCGUUGUCAUUCUUCCAAACUGUCCGGCAAUUGGUGAACACACGCGUUGAUCCGCAAGUCUUUGCGCACCAGACUGAAAAUCCACCUUUUCGACCGCCGGUUCAUCAUUCCGGAAAUGGCGAGCCCAUUCUCCAACUUGCGACAAUAUCGGGUGCCGUUCUAAGGUACCAUGAAGUGACCAGUGGUCUAGUUGAUCUGUUUGGACAUGCGCAACUCGUCAGCGAAAUCAGGUCUUGGGCUCGUCAGAACCAUAGACUACAAGACGCAGUAUCCGCCACUCAUUAUCUCGUUCUUGCCAUAGGCUACCAGUCUUCCGAGGAAGACCUUGCAUCUUCCUACUUUGAAUAUGCGCGCAACAUCGCUCUUGCAAAUCUCAGCGGGAACAUCAAUGUCCCAACCAUUCAGACGUUCAUUCUAGUUACUGUCUAUAUGCUCGGUUCAUGCCAGAUGAAUGGGGCAUUCCUAUUCUUCGGCAAACUUGCAGGCAUCGCAGGAUCGCCUGUGGAAGAGCCUGCGUGUCUUGGAUCUCUUCUUAAGGAGUUGGACGAUAAGGGACAAGAAAUCUUCGAUCUACUCAAUGCUUCAGCGCAAAUAUUCUUGAUCACUGAAGGCAUCGUCGUAGAGGUCUACUCGAGAAGGAAGGUUUCAUAUCAAUUGACCGAGGGUAUCUCACGACAGCUACGAGACUGGUCAAUUCGGUGGUUACAGAGGCUAAAGGACACUGUUUCCGACACUCGAUCUGACCAUGAAGGAAGCAAGGUGACAGGAGCAUGCCAAGUCCUUUGUUCCUACUACUACGCGGUAAUCUUAGUCUCACGACCUUUCCUAAUGUAUGAAUUGCACAAGCGACUAGCCGACGGGGUUGCCGAGACAACAACAACAACUUCAGGUCUGACUUCUGGCAAGUCGAAACUUGCUGAUGCGUGUAUCGAUGCCGCAAGCUUCAUGGUCGACAUUUUGGUCGGCCUAGUCGAGAAAGGGGUUCUAAUAGGGCACAUGCCUUUAGUCGUCUCUUGGUUAUUUGCUUCAUCUCUUAUCUUGGGCGUGGGCCUCCUCGGAUCCUUUGGCCGCAUUUUGGAAAAGUACACGCGAAAUUCUAUAUUGGUACUAGAACAUUUUGCCAAAAUCGAUGCCCACGCCUCACAAUACUCGCUCAUUGCAAAGUCAUUACUCAACGCUGCUCUUGAGUAUUUGGAAAAGAAGGAACUCAGAGAGCGUAUGCAGCGUACUGAAAGCUCGUCACAGCUUUUCGGGCUUGUCCCGCGAGAAAGCACUGAAAGCAUCCACAACAUCCAAGCUUCAGCUACUGAGGCCAGUCCGAAUACAAGCACGGAUCGAAGCCUCCUGUCGAAGACAAAUAACUCCGCCUCUGGCUUUUUUGGACUUGGUUCGCCAUCUUUUGUGGACGUAGACGCGUCCCUCUUAAGCCUUUCAUCCUCCUUACCCAGAACGCCGGAUUUAUCUAUGCUUGAUGGAAGAAACGAGAUGGACCAUGGGUUUGGGGAUCUGAACUUGUUCCAGCUCCUCGACGGCGACGGACACAUUGAUCUUGGACCUUAUAUCUAA